AUGUGCUUCGACGGCAACGGCGACGAAUAUGAGUACGAAACUAGGGUUGAGGUCCGGAACGGCGAGCGCCAUUUAGUCAACACCUACUACCCACGCCAUGGCAUGUCCCGCCGCCGUAAGUACGGAUUUGGCGGCUCUUACUACCCUUCGCGAUACUAUGCUCGCCCGCCUCCAGGCCACUACACAAACAGGGAGUACGCCUAUCUGGAUCGCUACCCGAAUGUACCGCUGCCUCAAGACUUUGUCAGAGAUGUGUAUCCCAGAUCCUACUCUGUACAUGGGUACGGAAUGGGAUAUCGUAUUGGAGCUCGCGCUGCUAUGCCGAGGCGUUACUCAAUGGUAGGUUUCUUCCACUUCCCCCUUCCACUGAUUGCGUUGCCUUCUGCCUUUUCUUCCUCACACCGCUGCUUUUCUCCAUUACCAUUGGUUUGCAUGAGGCACUACAAGCUGCGGCCUUCGAGUCCUGGCGCGCGGCUUUGCUCUUGA